UUCACCACCGGAGGACCGUCCCGUACUCACUCGUCGGACCGCUCUGAGCGCUCUGAAACUCACCUUCAUCCCGAUACCAGCUCAACAUCGCUUUCCUCUUGUUUAACGUUACGCCUCGUUUACAAUGUGAAGAAAAUGGCCGGGACAAGCUCUGAUUGGGUGGAGAUCCUGGAGCCACGCUCCCGGGAGCGUAUGUAUGUGAACUUGACCACUGGUGAGUGCGGCUGGGAUCCCCCCUCAGGCGUCCCUGUUCGCCAGGCAGACGGUAACCAGUGGUGGGAGCUGUUUGACCCUCACAGUGGCCGCUUCUACUACUACAACUCUACUGGGCGCCGCACGGUCUGGCAUCGACCCCAGGGAGCUGAUAUAGUGCCUCUAUCCCAGCUCCAGGCCAUGAGGCGAUGCUCUGAGGCCAAGCGGGCUGGGGGGGGUGCGGACAGACACCAUCACAGCACCACGGGGAGUAUCAGCAGUGUAGGGAGCCAAGGACGCUGCACACCUCUGCCUGAGCAGGACGGAGACAGUCCUGUCCCCAGAACUCCAGAGACCAGUGAGGAGGCUGCCAACCCCGAGGUGGACCCAGCAGUGGACAGCAGAUUGCAAGGAGAUGGAAGCAGCUCCGAAAACAGCACAGACGGAAGUAAAGACCCACCGAGGGAUGCUUCUCAAAGAUGGCAGCCUGCACCUGGUUCUAAGGCAGCCAUGUUGGUGAAGGUGAACAGCAUGAGCCGUAGCCAGCCCAUCCCAGCCUUGCAGCAGCAGCAGCACCUCCAACACAGUGCAACCAGCAAAUCCAGCACCUUCACCCUGCACCCCUCUGGCAACAAGGCCCAAGGAGGACACUUAAGCUCUACCCAGGGAUAUAAAACUGCCCCUUCUGGCAAAAUGGCAGCUGACACACGUCAGGCCCAUCACCUGAGAAAAGCCAGUAACGGCAGCUUCUGUUUAGUUCCAUCAGAUGGUAGCCAUCCCAGUCCGCUCCUUCACAGGUCACAGACCAGUACACCAUGCCCUAUCUCUCCCCAGUAUGGUUGCACUGCCCCAAUCUAUGAUGAGCCAGUUUCAGAAUGUCCCAUAUAUGAUGAACCCCCAACAGACAUGGAGGUAGAGGGGGCCCACCUGUACAACGGACAACCUCUUUCUCGCCUGACACCUACCCAUAGCCUCCAAAAACCCAGACACCUCCAGCACCCUGGUUCAUCUCAUCCAGGGUCCAGACACAGGAGAAAUCCCUCAUCCUCUGACUACAGCCCAGCUGGUCUGGAGUGCAUCAAACACAUGAUCAAAGUUGACCCCAAACAGGGGCUUGUAUCUAGCUCUCCUGUACCCACACGCACCCCUUCCCCUACAUCCAGACAGGAUCCUGUCUUGACCCAGCCUCAGCCACAUCCCCAGCCCCAGGCCCACUCUCUGCCCCAGGCUCGAGGCCAGUUAAGGGACAGAGAGCCAGGAACCCCAGGCCCAAGUACACUGGACAAAAAGCAAACCUGGCGGGUCCUUGAGGCCACUGUCCAGCGCGCCAUGGAGGCACGACACAGCAGGCAAAGCAGCCAGGCCUCGCAGGACUUCCCUUCAUCGACCCCACAGGCCACAGCAAACUAUCAAGACUCUGGCUACUCCACCGGCCCCUCCCCAAGUCUGAGAAGAAAGAGCAGGAGGAGGGUGGGAGCCGGUGGCGGUGCAGGAGGCAGGCCGGGGUCAGUGGGCAGCAGCGGGGAGCUCUGCGCCCUUAACGAGAGGCUCAUGGCCGAGAUGCGGGAGGUAGUGAGUCGCUCCAACACCAUGAGGGAGGUAAGAGCGGGGCUGGACCCAGAGAUGGGGGAGAGGGUUGUCGUACCUCGGACGCGCUCUCCUGCAGACUCACUCAGGUGGUAUGGAGGAGGGGGGUCAGCAGCGGGCAGGUGCGCUUCUGGAGAGGAACUCACCGGGGCUCCCCGGUCACUGAGUAGGGCAGGUAACCAUGGCAACCCUGCGCUUACCCCUCUGGAGAUACCAGGGAGGCAGAAAAGGACCUAUGAAAAGGUGGACACCUUGGAGAUGAGUGUGAAUAGCCAAGCCAGUCUGUCCUCACCAGAGACCCCAGGACCGCCCUCCCAGGCGGGCACCCUAGAACUGCAGGCUCAGUUGGAGAGCAGGAAGAAAGGCAUGGUGGAUGGGCGGACCGCCUCCCUGGGCCCUCACCGCCCUGCCAACCAUGACAACAGAGAGGGAGCUGAUGGGGCAGGAGGAAGAGCACGUGGAUCGUCCUACCAGCUCUCCUACGCCACCCUGCGGCAGCCCCCACCUCCUGACAUGGGUAUGGAGGACUGGGCCAGCAAACACCUUAACAUGCACACGCAAGGCCUGUUCCGCCGCCGCGUCUCUAUCGCCAACAUGCUGUCGUGGAACCGCGGAUCCAUCAAAAAACCCAUGCUAGUCACCAGCAACCGUGCCGUCAGGAAGGAGGCCUGCGAGAUGUUCAAACUGGUGCAGGCCUACAUGGGAGACAGGCCCUCGCGCCUGGACCGCCGUCACUGUGCCCUGCUCAUUGUCACCAAGUGCUGGGACAUGCCAGGGCUGCGGGAUGAGCUGUAUGUGCAGCUGGUGAGGCAGACCACAGGCAACGCCACCCCUAGAAGCUUGGCGGCAGGCUGGGAGCUGAUGGCAGUCAGCUUGGCGUUCUUUGCCCCCUCGCCCAAGUUCCGCUGCUACCUGGAAGGCUACAUCCAGAGACACACGGAGCCCACCAGCGACAAGAAAUGUGAGUCUCAGAGUGAGCAGCAGGUGACUCAGUUCAUAUUGGAACAGCAGGAGCUUAAGCUGAAGAAGAAUUCAAAGUCCAGAAAGAAGCGCAAACAGAAUACAGAUGAGGAAGAAGGUCUGCCUAUCAGCACAUAUGCCAAGUUCUGCCAUCGGAAACUGCAGAAAGUGGCGAUCACUGGAGGCAAAAAGGGUCUACGGAAGCCCACCUUGGAGGAGAUCGACCACAGUAGGCGGGCCAUCGUCACUCCCUCCCUGUUUGGCAGUUCUCUGGAGGAGGUGAUGGAGAGGCAGAGCGAGCUCUUCCCCGACAGGAAACUGCCAUGGGUGCAGGUUCAGCUUUCCCAGUAUGUUCUUGCUCUGGGCGGAGCUCAGACGGAGGGCAUCUUCAGAGUGCCUGGAGACAUUGACGAGGUGAAUGCGCUGAAGCUCCAAGUGGACCAGUGGAGGAUCCCAGAGAAUCUCUCUGACCCCAACGUUCCUGCCUCCCUAAUGAAGCUGUGGUACCGGGAGCUGGAGGAACCUCUCAUCCCAAUGAACUUCUACAAGCAGUGCGUCAGUAACUGCGACGACCCAGUGGCAGCCAUUGCUGUGGUUCAGUCUCUUCCUGAGCUCAACAGGCUGGUGCUCUGCUACUUCAUCCACUUCCUGCAGGUAUUUGCUCAGCCAUCCAACGUGGCUAUAACCAAGAUGGACGUGAACAACCUGGCCAUGGUGAUGGCCCCCAACUGCCUUCGAUGCCAGUCCGACGAUCCGCGGAUCAUCUUUGAGAACACGCGCAAGGAAAUGUCCUUCCUGAGAAUGCUCAUCGUUCACCUGGAGACCAGUUUCAUCGAAGGGGUGGUGUAGACACUGUGAACCGUAGAGCUCACCUCUGGUGCUGAAUCGGCACCUCCUGUUACACAUUUACAGUCAUGCAUAAACACUGUCUCUGUUCAGACCACACUGGAAACUCUUGGGGUGAGAUAUUACACCUCUUACGACACAAGCAGUGUGAACACAGCUUGGACUCUGGACCCUCGUUCUCACUUGCUUUUUUUACUGAGAGACAACACACAUCACCUUCACUGUGUUUUUGAUACUAAAAUCAGCAGUGACGGCUUUAAAGUGGCUCACUUUAAUGACUAUUUUCUAACAGCUGCAUGUGAAAACAGAUCUACUCUUCAUUUUGUUACUGAAUGAGGUAGUCCUACAGUUUCAUGGGACGAUCAGGCUGUGUAAGUGAGAGUCUUACAGUAUUCACUUCAGAAGUAUUCACUUGCACAGCAAACCUAAAGACGGCAGUGUUGAUGCGCUGCUUUUUUUUAACACUCUGGUUUCAAUCAAGUGUGUUUGUGUGUGUGUGUGUGUGUGUGUGUGAUUGUCAGAGUGUGGACAAAAGACACAGCCUUCCUUUAUCAUGUACAGAAAAAGUGAAAAUAUAAAAAAGAACUCUUGUAAUGGUGUCUUAUUAAUAAGCUUGCCUGUGCUGUUUUGAGUAGUUGUACUGAUAGCUGGUCUCUUCGUAUUUCAUUUUUACGAGACACAAGAAGCCGUGCCGCCACAACUGAAUGCAGAGCUUCAUUUUAAAAGCACAAACUGGAUGGAUGUGCAGACGGAUGGUGGCGAUUUUCUAAGAAAAUAAACUUAGAGGUGCUUCGACAUUACAACUAUAAACACUCGAGUGAAGCCAGAUGAGAGUGUUGUAAUUACAGUUUGUGUCAUAGUGAUGUGGGAGGUUGGUAAUUAAACUGAUAAUACUCUUUCUCUAUUAUCUAUUAAAAAAGUCUUUCAAUUGGAGUUGUGUUCUCUUUUGUUUGUGGUCUGUAUGUUGUUUUUUUUUUGGCUCAGGUCUUAUGAUAAAACGGGUGUUGGAUGUGAUAACUGUACAUGGCCUCCCUCACAGAAUGAAAAUUUGAUGAAUCUACCAUAAACCCGUGUACUGAGAACGGAGUAAUCAACUGUCAAGCACUAUGAGAAUGUAGAUUAAGCUUUUGGUGUCCCCUCUCAGGCUUUGCCGAUGUAAAUAAAUUCAGCGUGUAAAUAGUAUUAACUCUCCUUAAGUGUAUUCUAAUGAUCCAGGUUUAAGGGUGAAGUUAAUGUUGCUGUAAAGAGCAAUAAAAAAAGUGUUUUUGUAAUUAACUGUUCAUUUCUCUGCUGUAACCGCCUGCCUUUUGAACAUAGGACUGAUUCAAACCACUCUCCGUGUGUGUGUAUAUGUGUGUUUGCAUACCUUCCUGUUAUAAUAUGGAUUGACUGUCCAUAAAUAAAGGUUUGUUCAAUUGUA